UUUAAAUGGAUUACCUCUUAGGAAAAUGUAUUUUAAGUAAUAAUGUAUGUAUUUAUUUUAAUUCAGUUCUAGUUUUAUAAAGGAAUACUUGCCCCUAAACUCAUUUAGAACUCUUUCAGUCAAUGACAUCCCAGGAAGCUGUUCUGAUUGUGGGUUACCAAGCAACCAGGCAAGGAAUGUUAUGCUUCUGAGAGUUCUUAAACUCCAGAGCAGAGCAGAGGAUCAGUGGAGGGAGGUGAAUUGUGAAACAGGCAGUGUAAGUGUGUGUGUAUGAUUGGUAGAAAACUCUAAGCUAUAAGCGUCGUUUAGCAUGUGUGAAGUGUGUUCUCAUGUUGAUUAGUGCUGUAUUGGUUUAGCAAAUGAGUUUGUCUCCCCUCCAAACAACACAAACGUUACAUAGUUUUACCAAAGACUGAUGUUUAGGCAUAUGAACUGGGCUACGUAGUACUACUAAAGACUGACGUUAAAAUAUAAGAACUAGGCUACAGAAGUAGCCAAUCCCCCUCUGAAAUACUGCUAAGGAUCAUCCCCACACAUGAAAGACUUGCCUGUGUGUAUGUGAGGAUGUUUCCAACUUGUCAACACAGAAAGGAACUCUUGCAAAGCCACCCACAUAGAAGGUUUCUUGCCUAUUGUUUUCAUACAGAGCUGUUACGUCUUCAUGAUCAGGGCCAUGGUUUAAAAGAGGAUAAUCACCAUCAACUGAAGAGAGCGAGUGAGAGCGUGUGGAGUAGGGAGCGUGAAACUGGGGAGCUGAGAGACAGUUUAGGACUUAACUAAUCUCUUAAUUGAAUUAUCAACACUUACAGAUUGUACAGCUCGGUGUGCUUCGGUGAACCAGAGAUGGAAGUCCUCCCUAGUGGCAUGGACGCGACAGUUAAGCGGAGCUACUGACAAAUAAGUGGCUACAUUACUCAGGCCACUGCAACCGACUGAACCUUUCAAACUGACUGUAUCUACACUAGGCGCCAUGGCUAAAGGAGGGAAGAGAAGAGGUGCAAAGAGGAGGAAGGUGACUCUGAAGAUGGCCAUGAACGCUGUGCGGGUGACUCCGGACGGCCGCCGCCGCCUGGACCUCAGUAACAUGGGCAUCGCCACCUUCCCUGAGUGUCUUCUCAAACUACCUGACCUGGAGGAGCUGGACCUCAGCCGUAAUCAACUGAAGAAGCUUCCAGGCCUAAUCGGUGACCUGGUCUCGCUCCGCUGGCUGGAUCUCCACAGUAACCAGCUGGAGGUCCUACCAGAGACUCUCGGUCAACUGGUGGCACUGUCACACCUCAACCUCUCUAACAACCGCCUGACCUCUGCGGGUCUACCCCACUCGCUGGGCAACCUAACCUGCCUACAAAGCCUCAACCUGGGCAUAAACCGCCUGGACACCCUGCCGGCCACUAUGGUGGGGCUUUGCAGUCUUCAGGAGCUGGGGCUGUUCGAUAACCUGCUAACCACGCUGCCAGAGUGUAUCAAGGUGUUACCUAGCAUUACCAGACUCAACACCAAGAGGAACCUCUUUUCCCAGGGAUACUCUGGGGACAGAGAUGGGCCGGAAGAGGCUGUGUACCUAGCUAAGGAGAGAAGUCUGUGUGGUUCCUGUCUAAAGAGAUGCAAGGAGGAGAGGAGGUGGAUGUUAGGAGGUGGGAAGAGGAGGGGAGGGGAAGGUGACGGAGAGGCAAGGGGUGGGCCUUACUCUGGGCUGAUUACACCGAACUCCGUGGCCCAAGCAAAUCAGGAACAGUGGAGACUAAUAGUGACCAAUCAGGGUCCAGGGAAAGGUUUGCCACUAAAGGACAGCCAAUAAGCAACAGGGUAUGGUUUUGCCUAGCCAAUGAGCAAAUUUCUUUGAUGUGACAAUAAGUCUAUGUUUAAAGAUACAAAACGGAAUGCAUGUUGUACAUUUUUAUAUUCUUAUGAUCAGACGUUUAUGCAGAAGUUGCAACAAGUUACCUCACCUGUCUCUGUGCCACUGCUUGUCAAUAUUGCCAGUGAACAUCAGAUGCGUUUACCAAAUGAUUUUGUGAAACUUUUUACCCCGGACACAACGGCUAUAGAGAAGCAUGGCAUUUGGGUGUAUGUCAUAAAACAUUGCAAUAAAGAAUGCAUUGGUCAUUUCAUCUUUCCUUUAUGUGUCUACCUGCUGUGUGUACAUGACUAUGUGCCC